AAAUAUGGGCGUCAAUGCAUGCCAAUCGUUCUAAUACGAUUGCAGUUCUAGUUUCUGUUCUCUUAGUUUAUUUCUGCAUAUAUUGUAGUUUUUAACUAAUGUGAAAUAAAUGUUUUUGAAUUCUAAAUUUGAAUAGGCACUCCAACCAGCUGUACUUGGGGUCUUGUCGCUGGAACUGCGCUCAUUGGAACAGAUGCUACGCUGAUCAAGAAUCCUUUCACGGCCAAGUAUGAAGGAUUCGUGAUAUCUCCUAAAGGGAAGAUGUACCGGACAUGGCAGCACACCAGUGGCAACAGCUUUAAAGCCUGGAAAGCAAUGGCCUCUUCACCAACCUUCUCUGUUGUCUCCAGACCUGUCGCUCAAGUAAUGGGUUACAACAUUCGUAACGGCAAGAUCAUGAUUGGGGGAAUCGGAGUGGAUAACUUCGUACACAGGUGCGCCCAGGCUACCUGUGACACAGUGGACAAUCCUUGGAGUUACUGCACGUGGGGAAACUGGCAUCAGACUGGCAGGAAGAUUCCAUUUGACCAAGGAGGGGUGCAAAACAACUUGGUCAUGAGCAGGAAUGUACACUUUGGGGUCGAGAUCUUUGCAGUCCAAGAAACGAGUGGACAAUUAUGGCAAACUUGGCAGCCUGGGAGGGAUAAGUCUUGGAACGUCUGGAGAAAGAUUCCACAAAACCUGACUGGGGCAGCGUUUAUCAAUAACCCUGUCCUCCGUCUCAACGAAGCUGGCUGGUGGAUAGCAUAUGGUCUCAAUUACAAAAAUCAGGUUGUUCCGGUUGAGGCUUCACAUUCCAUGGACAUCAGUCCAAAUAAGGUAGCUUGGUCCAAGAACCUGGUCGUGUCCUGGUCCAUCUCUAGUAACCAGGCUUCCAAUAUGGACUGGAUCGGUGUCUACCCCAAGGGAGGAAACAACGAUCAGUACCUAGACUACAGGUUUGUCCAGGGUGGCCUGAAUCCUGGAAAGAACCCAGUCAACAUGGGGAAGGUGUCUAUGUCCUCUUACCUUCCGAACGGGACUUAUCAGGUUCGCUACCUGGUGAACAGUCAAUACAAGAGCAUCAUGACAAUGGAUGUGACCUUCUACAACGAAUCCCGCGAGUCGAAAAAGAUGCAACUUUACCGAGGUAUAUACACCGGUCUGGGUGUUCCUACGGAUAACAUUGCUGCAUGUAUAAAUGAGACUCUAGAGACUGUCAAGACGUUUGAGGAGUGUUUCCAUGCGUUCAAGAUGGGAAAGGUUUUCCAAGGUCUACAACUCCUCGGCAUAGCCCUUGAAGAUGUUGCCAAGACUCUGACAAAAUGCAAUAUAUUGUCGAUCACUCAGAAACUCCUGGGCUAUAUCAGUGAUCUCCUUAAGUGCAUUCUGGGUAAUUGUCUUAGUUUUGUCUUUGACUUUAUUAAGGAGCUCCGGAUUCUGUUUUUGAAUAGGUAUGAGAUUUACGGGGAUAUCAGGGGUGCCAUGAAUAGCUUUCAGCAAAAAGCUUAUCAGCAAGGUGGGCUGUGUAUCGGUAGAUUUGUCAAGGGUUGUCUUCUGGUACAGGACUCCCUGAUGGUCAAUGGUAGUUUGGAGUAUGUUAAACUGAAUGGCACCGGUAGAAUGAACGGGGUGACCGACACUCAGGCUGGUAGCAAGGAGGUUGUUUGUUUGUUUGUUUGUUUGUUUUAUUUAUUUACCAUGUAAAAUAACUGUUUACAGAUAAUAGAAUUCGGUUACAAUAUAUAAUAAUAAUACAGAGUAGGAACAAUGCAUGAGCAAAAAAUGUUUGAAGCGCAACGUCCCUAUGAUAAUAUCUGGUAAUUAUUAGGUUUGAUAAAACAUGGCUUAAAAUAAGACAUUCUGUAAUUACAAAAUAAAACAAAAUACAAAAUCAUGCCCCUUAAUGUACAUCUUCAUUGACAAAAAAUAGCACUAACAUAAUGUACUUCAAAAGUUAACAAGCAUAUAUGGAGAGAAAUAAUUCCUUCAGUAUUUUUUAAAUAACAAAAGAUUAUUGCAAGUUCGUAUUUCCUGCGGCAAAGCGUUCCAAAUGUCAGGACCUACAUAUCGAAUUGAUCUGUGGGCUAAAGCACUCCUUGGUGUAAACAAAUGAAAAUCAGAAGACUGUCUGGUUGGGUAGUUAUGAAUGUUUCUAUUUAGAGUAAAAUCGUUACAAAAUGAUAAAGGCAGUUAUUUUUUAUUAAGUCUGUACAUGAACACUGCAAUUUGCAUAAAAUGAAUAUCAGUAACUUUCAAAGUUCUCAAUCUGAAAAAUAAUGGGUCAGUGUGAUCAAAGUACCCAGAGCCACAACAUAGUUUCAUUGCUCUCUUUUGCAACCUUAAGAUACCAUCAGUAUUUACUUUAUUAAUGGCCCAUAAAAUGUUACAGUAGGAAAUACGUAAAUGAAUGAAAGAUUUGUAUAUAAUGAGCAAAAUACUAAGUGGAACAAAAUGCUUUAACUUGUACAUAACACCAAUAUAACGAGACAAAAUUCGAGAAAGAUCACGUAAAUCUGAUUGAAACUGCUAGAAACAAGAAGAAGAAAGAAUUCAGCUAUAUAACCGUGACAAAGAAUGAUACAUGUAAUAAAUACUGUUGAUAAUGAUAAUGA